UCCGUUAAAUACACCACCAUCUUCUUCCUUUAAUCAUUCAUCAUUUCCAUAGUGAAAAUUGCCUGAGUUUGCUUAAAUGGCAUCAAAGAGAAUAUUGAAAGAACUCAAGGACUUGCAAAGAGAUCCUCCAACUUCUUGUAGUGCAGGUCCUAUUGCUGAGAAUAUGUUUCAUUGGCAAGCCACAAUUAUUGGUCCUAAUGACAGUCCAUAUGCUGGUGGUGUCUUCCUUGUAACUAUCCAUUUCCCACCUGACUAUCCUUUCAAGCCUCCUAAGGUGGCUUUCAGGACCAAGGUUUUGCAUCCAAACAUAAAUAGCAAUGGAAAUAUCUGCUUGGACAUACUCAAGGAACAAUGGAGUCCUGCCCUCACCAUCUCCAAGGUAUUACUAUCAAUAUGUUCACUACUAACAGACCCGAAUACGGAUGAUCCACUAGUUCCCGAAAUAGCUCACAUGUGCAAGACUGAUAAGGUUAAGUAUGGGUCUACUGCUAGGAGCUGGACCCAAAAGUACGCCAUGGGAUAAACCCUAAUUCAGCUGUUUUGCAACAAUUUGUGAUAUAUUAAUACCUUAUUAAGGAAUGAGAUUACCAGCUCAAUCAUUAUUCUUCUUUAUUUGAGAUUUGUAUUAUUAAACACGAUCCAAUUUUGAAUCUUCAAAAAAUUCAGGGAUCCGUAUGUACCUAGCCAAGAGUCAUUUUUUUCCACUUAUAUUUGUGGAAUUGAAUGGUUAAAAUUAUGUACUAUAUAUUUUUUCUUUUUGAGAAGUGUAAUCAUGAUAAUUUAUCUGAAUGAAAGUUGAAUUUUGACA